CCCCUGGCCACCACGCAGUCUGUUCCCACAGGUUGAAAACGUCCAUCAACAAUAACGAAACGCUUCGUCGGAUCGGAGCCUAUUUAUUUAAGGAAAGUGGCUGGAGUGCUGGAGCACCGAGGUGGUGUUAUGUGUUCCGUGUGAUCCGGUGGUGCUCCUUGCGUGCGAGAUGGCUCGCCAUCGGGCGGUGCAGCAGGAUGCGAUGUGCCAGAUCGGGAUCAGCGAGGGACCCGUGGGAGGAGUGGACCGUUCGUACCGUUCGAUUGCUGCGACCGCUAGUGGCGAUCAGGAAGAUAAAAUAGAGGUGCUCGCGGAGGACGACGAGUUGGAGGUCGUUGGUGAGCUGGAGGGCACGGACAACCCGCUCGCCAUGGCAGAAGCGACCUCCGACGCGGAGGGAUUAAGCACCGAGGAUCAGUUUCAAUCGCCAAGCGCUGUUACCACUAACGGUGUGGUUGGUGGCAAUGAAAGCUUCUCACAGAGCUUCCGGCGUUGGUCGAGUAACCUGGGACGCAGCGUCAAGAACAACAAGCGUACCGUCUACAACAAGACGAUCCGCCUGAUGCCGUCACGGCUACAGAAAACGCUCUCGAUCGAUGGCGAUCUCAUCACAACGAGCGGGUCCGACGUCGACCACAUCACGAUGGAGCUCGAGCAGCGGGAGCAGCUGAUGGAGGAUAACCCGAUCGCCGAGCAGUUGCGCAUCGAGGCGAUCAAGUCGAUUGCGCAGCGGAUCGCCACCAAGCGCCAGAUCCGGGCCCAGCUCACGCAGACGGUCAACCGACGAGCGACGCGCUCGAAAUCGAUCGGUCUGCUGCGGCGCUACAACUACAGCGGCAAAGUGUACGCGGCCCGGGCCGCCAAACUGCUCAAAAGCUUCGUCACGAACUUUGAGUUGUUCUAUGGCAGCAUGAAGCAGAUCGAGGGCCACUUUGGCAGCCGCAUCAGCGCGUAUUUCAAGUUUCUCCGCUGGCUGUUGGUGCUGGAUCUAACGCUGCUGCUCUUCAUCGUGUCGUUCGUCACGUUCCCGCAGCUGCUGGCUGGACCGAUGAUGGGGGCCCCGGCCGGUUCCGCUCCAAUCGCCAACGCUCGUGACCACUUCAGCUUUGUGGACUUGUUCACUGGAGAGGGCUACCUCGCCAGGACGGUGCUUUACUAUGGUGCGUACAGCAAUCAAUCGUUCACACUAGUACCGGGCACUGCCGAGUACAGCCUACCGCAUGCCUACUUUCUCACCAUCACGGUGAUGGUGCUGGCUACGUUUAUUGUGGUGUCCAUCAGCAUGGGCCGCUCGUACCGGUUUAGCUUCAUCGAGGCGAGCGGCACGGUGCAGAACAUCCUGACGCACAAGAUCUUCUGCUCGUGGGAUUACGGGAUUGCGAACGAGAAAGCUGCCCGGCUCAAGCAUGCCACCAUCCGGCACGAGCUGCUCGAGCAGCUGGCCCAGCGGAACCGUCCACCACCGGUGACCAGCCGGUGGCAGCACCUGCGCAGCACCGCACUGCACGCACUCGCCCACGCUACCGUCCUCGCCCUCAUCGGGGGCGUUGCAGCCAGUGUCUGGGCGUUGCUGGUGCGUUUCGGCGAGUCCGAGCACUUCGCGGCCUGGUCCGCACUGUACGUGUCGCUCCUGUCGAACGUGACGCGGCUCGUGCUUGGGCGCGUGUUUCGGAUGCUCGGCAAAGUCGAACGCUACCGCCGGGUGGCGACGCAGCUCAACAUUCAGCUGCUGCGUGACUUCCUGCUGCAGCUCACGAUCGUGGGCGUGCUGGUGGCGUUCUGGUUGACGCGCACACACACCGGCUGCUGGGAGACGGCCAUCGGGCAGGAGCUGUACCGGCUGAUUGUCGUCGACUUCCUGCUCUCGACGCUCUUGCUCACCGUCGUCAGCGCGGUACGGUACGGGUUGCAUCGGCGGUGCACCGGUGCAACAAUCACGCCACCACCGUUCUGCCUGGAGACGCACAGCCUCGGGCUGAUCUACAACCAGACGCUGCUAUGGUUCGGGCUACUCUUUGCCCCCCUGCUCGUGCCCGUGGUCGCCCUCAAGUUUCUCUUCCUCUUCUACGUGAACAAGUUCGAGCUGCUGUACCUGUGCCAGCCGCCGACCAAACUGUGGCGCUCGAGCCAAACGCAAACGCUGCUGCUGGUGCUGGUGUUCGUCUCGCUGUUCGGUGUGCUGCUCAUCCACGGCUACAUCAUCACGCAGGUGCGCGUGAGCAGCGAGUGCGGACCGUUCCGCGGUACCGACUACAUGUACCAGCUGUUCAUGCAGGGCAUCCUGAAGCUACGCGAGGAGCACCUGUUCUGGCGGGUGUUCGUCUACAUCACCAAGCCGGCCAUCAUCGGCGGUGUGCUGCUGGCGAUGGGUGUCGUCGCCUACUAUUUGCGGGCCAAAUCGCGCGCCCAGAUCGCCAAGGUGAAGCUGCUGAAGGAGCUGCUGUGCAUGGAAGCGAAGGACAAGGAGUUUCUGCUGGCUAACCUCAGCAAGAUAGCGCGCGGCAAGGAGUGCAUCGGCGAUGGCUUCGGUAGCGAGCGGCUCGAUGGAUGCCUACGGGGGGGCGGCCUCCGGAGUGGCGCCACCGACCGGUAUGCGACAGAUCCGAGCGCUACCUGGCGCUAUGAGCAUUCGCAACCGACCGAACGCAGCGGUACCGGUACCGUACCGUCCGGAUCGGGCCUCACCGGAUCACCCGUUCGUGGCUAUUACCGCUUUGAGGACGAGGAGAAGCUUCGCAUGCGAAGAUCCUAGAAGAGAGCAGCCGGGGUGCGACUAUUUCACAACCAGCCGAGUUGCAGAGUUCACCGAUUAGAACGGUCACGCGCAAUCACACAAGAUUCUCGACAGCAGCACAACAACGGACUGGUGGUGUGGUGGUCAGCUCUGGUCAGCCCUAGCUGGCGGAAGUGCGUGAAAGUGCCCCGUGAACCAGCCAUCGUUGAACCCCCCGUCCCCCCCGGUACACGUACGUACGUCCCCGAUCAACCCGAUUAACCGACGGUGGACACGGCGCAUCCGGCAGUCCGGCGAAAAACACACGAUGAGCGGCAACCACGAUUACAACUCGCGGAAGCGCUUCGCCUUCGACAUCGACAUGGAGGUGGAGACCGAAACGACGGUGGCCAAGCUGAAGACGG